AUGACGAUCUGCACUUGUAACGCCCGAACGCCUGCAGCAGAAGUGGCCAUUGAAGAUCUGAUGAUGCAAGCCAGGAAGUUUAAGUACGAUGUCAUCGGACUGAACGAGACAAGGCGACGCCGCCCACUAAACGCCGUGUAUGACACUGGAGAAGAACUGUUCUUAGGAACAUGCGAAAGUAGAGGAGUUGGUGGAGUUGGUGUCCCCGUCAACACAAAUAUGGCAGUAAACAUCGACUCUUUCGAACAACUUACAAUUCGAAUAGGAGGUUUACGGAUGAGAAGAUGUAGUUCAACACCAGCUUUGACAAUCUUCGUCGUUUAUGCUCCAACAUCAAGCUACGAAAAAGAAGUCGAAGUUUUCUGUAUGGACCUGGAGAAGUUCUACAGAGAAAAUCAUACCAUCCACAAGGUCAUAAUUGGUGAUUUCAACGCCAAAAUUGGCCCCAGAAGAACGCCCAGAGAACUUCACAUCGGAACCCACGGCCGCCAAUGGAAUGAGCAGGGAGAGAGGCUUUCCGAGUUCAUCAUGACGACUAAGACCACACAUGGGAACUCGCAACUCCAGAAGCCCUCUUCUUUACGCUAG